UUAAUUAAGAAAUUCCACAGUGUAAUAAAGUGAAUAGCAGGACUAGGAUACCUGCAUGUGGCCAUCAACCUAUUUUUCACUUCAACUAACUGACUAAUAAAUGCAACAUUCUGCCAAGCACACCGCAUAAAACACACCUUGUCAUCCAGUUGUGGUUAAUGUUGUUGUGACUACGAAUGUUUCUGCGUAGGCUCUCUAACAUGUAAUCAUUUUAUCUGGGUAUUACUGUACUUGAGGACUGUUGUACAUACAGUAUACUCUAUGCCUGCUCUGUAUGUCACACUGGAUUUAAAUUAUAGUUUCAUUAGUAGAGGUGGAACAGGGUGGAAAAGAAUCAAAAGCUAGAUGGCUUAUGCUGAAACUGCAGAGGACUUGAUGAGGAAGUUGGCUUGGCCACAGCUGCGUCACCGCUCAAACUGACAGGAAGAAAGCACCACAUGGUUCUGCCUGCCUGUCUUCAGAAUUCGCCUACAUUCUUUUUGCCCAUUUUCAGUAGUGCACAGAAAGGCACUGAGGCAAGACUUAACCCAACCAUUAUUUAGCCCUAGUUUUCAAGCGGUUUGUGCCCCUCUUUCCCUGUGAUUGGUUGCGUAGAAGGGUGCGAGACAGGUUGUUGGGGUGUUUGGGGCACAGAGGCAGAUGGCUCAUGGUGUGUAGUGCAGUGGAAAAGCCACUGUCUGUGCAGGAGACGAGUGGAAUCUAAAAGAGAGAGGGGUUGGCAGACAUGGGAUGUUGCAGCGUGACCCCGACUUCAAAAGGAAUCGACGAUGUCGGUCCAGACGAGAUCGAGCUUCUGGAGAUUGAUGGCGCAGGGGUUUGGUCUUUAGCAGAAUGCAAGCUGCAGGUUUCCUUAAAGAAUGACACAAAUGAACCUCCUCAAAGUUCUCCACCUGCCAGGAAACUUUCCAAAGUGACAAGUGAGCUCUGCUCAGAUUCAGUCCCUGCCAAACAGUCUGCUCAAAAAAGGAACUCACAAGUGGUACUGUGGGGUCAGACUAAAGACGAGCUGCACCAGAAGCUUUACACGCAUCCAAUCCGAGACUGGGAGGGACAAGCGCCACACUCCUAUGGAGACAUCGUUUACUCUUCACGAGUGUUGUUGCAUAACGGCUACACGAUGGUUACGACCGAAAGAUAUCUGGUUCUUUUUUCUUUUCAUUUAUUAAUCCUCGCCCUGGACAACUCAACGCAUGACUUCAUUUAUGAGGGCAUGCUUCCUCUUUCAGCAAUUGAGGUGAGAGUGAUUUCUCAGCAGGACCUCUGUACUCCACACAUGUUCGAGAUCAGUGGACCCAUGGUGGACUCUAAGAUGUUCAUCUGUGCUAGUGCUACUGAGCGAAGGAUCUGGAUUGAAAACAUAGAUGACAGGAGAUGCAAAUCCCUCACACAGCAGCUCAGCCCCUCACACAGUGCCCUCUCCUACCUGUUGCCAUGUAAUGAGAACUGGAAGAGGGAAGAACUAAAGCGGCACCUGCUAAGGUGUCCCAUAAUGCAAUGGGAGGGAUCCCCUAUCCAGCACAUGGGCCAACCUGCCUACCUCUCACUGGUAAACAUCAGCAAUAUAAAAAGCCAGGGAUCUCAGGAGCGUCUCUUUGUGCUCUUUCCGCUGGACCUCCUUAUCCUAUCUGUUGACAGUCAACGGCUAUGGAUCAAAUAUGAGGGUCGUCUGCCAAGGAAGAGUAUCAGAGCUUUGGAGAGAUCUGCCCGGCAUGGGAGACUUGAAUUCGAACUUACAGGAGAAUUAAUGGAAUCUCAAUUAGUAUCAUGUACUUCCCCAGAAGACUACCAAAAUUGGAUUUUUCAAUUACAACAGCCUGAAAAGACACAAGCCUUCCCCAAUCACACACCUCCACCUCUCAUACCAAAGAAGCACAGAAGCUGAAGUGAAGAUGUAAAGACAUGCAGCAGUCACUGCAGAAGGUCCCAGAGGUUACUCCGGGUCAUGGAGUAACAUCUGUCCUGCACGUUUAAUGCUUUCCCUGUGCACAACUAAUUCAACUAAUUCAUCUGAUUAACGGCCAUUUAAUGGGACCUUUAAAGCAGGUAAAGAGUUUAAUGUGUAGGCCAAGCAGUGCUUCAGGACAUAGGCUGGGAACAUGUAGUCUGGGAAAGUAAACUACAAAUGAAGACAAAAAUGAAAAAAAAAAAAAAGUGCAUAAAAUUGCCUUCAAAAAGGAUUAUGUUGUGUUGAUCUGAUCUGCCAUGUAUAGUUUCUGUCCAAAUAAAUUAUUCUAAACUUGCAUGCAGCAGCUUGUACAGAUAUGCCUGUCAUCUUAAUGUAAUUAAAAUGUGUAGAUUCAAAUAAGACGCGUUAUAUCAUUAGAUCAGUGAAUUCUUGCAAAAUGCAUGGACGUGCCUUUACAGAACCAAGCCACAACCCUGCCUGCUUUCUGAACAGCUUUGUUUUAUUAUAAAGAAUGAAAUGCUUCUCUGAGAUGUAAUAAAUUAUUUUCAUUUCACUUGCAUUCCUGAGCUGCUGCAGUAGAUCUCUGGUAUCUUAUGAAGCUCAGCUCUUAUUCCUCAGCUGUCACUACUAGCACAGUCACAAACUUUGACAGAAAAACAAAGUUAAAAGUUCCUGGUAUUGCUGUCACAAUAAAGUUAUUCAGUUUACCUCA